AUGGAUCGGCACUUUGAUCCGGUCUAUUUUGAGCUUAAUCGGUCCUUCCUCUUCUCAUCUCCAGAUUCACCAAUUCUGGAUAACUUUGGCAAAAGUCCAUUCGACAUGCCUCGACCCUGCAACCCAAUACCCAUCGCACCUCAAUCGUUUCCAAUAUUGGAAUCAUUAUUAGAUGAAGUGCCGGAGGUUGGCGUACAGGCCUCUAGAAACACUGCUCAAACAGGCAGGCAGCUAACUGCUAAAUUCUUGACCCACUCUCAUACAGCCCCCUCACAAAGCAUUUUACGCAGAGCAUUAACUGAUCCGAGUUACUUAGAACGCAAAUUGGAUGAGCUCAAAGUAAGAAAUCUUGGCAUAGCAAAGCCUGAGAGAGGUGUGAAGCAAUGGGUGGCGAAAUAUUUCCCCAGUGAAGCCCAAGCACCGAAACUGUCACAGGUGACAACUCCACUGGCAUCUAUGCCACAAGACAAGCGUUUGCAAAGCCCUUGCAUAUUCAGUCGACAUUUUGCAGGAGCUCCAUGCACCUGUUCAGUAGAAAACCUCCAACAGUCUUCAACACCCUCAGAGAACCCUCCUUCUCACAUACCAGUCAAUGCGAUGCCAUCCACUGGAGCCCUUCCAAGCAUCCAGGAAAUUUUCAAGCGUCCAAAAACACCCCCUCCUAUCCCUAGACCAAAUAUGACCCGUAAUACGCGUUUCUCCUCACAGUCUCUCCCU